GCUCCCGUGAGCACUCGCGCCCAGGGCCGUUCACAGACCUCCCAGGGGCGGGGCUUCGGGCGCGUAAUGGCAGCCUCCCAGGGUCACGCUCUUUCCUCCGAGCAAGCCUGGCUUGCGGCUGCCCAGGCCUUCAUCCAAGAGACCUUAUGUCCAGGAGGCAAGGAGCCUAACGUCCAGUUGACUCAGCUGGUAAUUGACUGUGUAAAAACUAUCUGGUUGUCCCAGGGAAGGAACCAGGGUUUUACACUGCCCCUCACCUACAGCUUUGUCUCAGUACAGGACCUCAGAACUCACCAGCACCUCCCAUGCUGCAGUCACCUGUCCUGGAGCAGUAAUGCGUACCAGGUUUGGGCCCAAGAGGCUGGACUAAGUGGGACUCCCCUGCCCCGGGAACGCCUGUUACUUUUAGGGACAUUAACAGACCUAUCAGGGGACUUGGAACAAGAAUGCAGGAAUGGAGACCUCUAUGUGAGAGAUAACACUGGUAUGCUGGGCUGUGAGCUCAUAGAUCUGGACCUUUCUUGGUUGGGCCAUCUCUUUCUGUUCCCCAGUUGGAGUUACCUCCCUCCUGCCAGAUGGAAUUCCUCAGGGGAAGGACACUUGGAGCUCUGGGGUGUCCCCGUGCCAGUGUUUCCCUUGACCAUCAGUCCUGGCUCUCUCGCCCCUAUCCCUGUUCUCUAUUCAGAGACUGCUUCCCACCUGCUGAGGCACAGAAGCAAGCUCAGAGGUGUGCAGCCAAACCUGGCUGGGAAGCUGGUGCAGUUGAGUGCUCUGGUGAAGAGUCCAAACAGAACUUACUUUGUCCUGUCUCUUGGCGGAUUAUCCCCAGCUAGCAGCCAAGCUGGCAACCAUGUGUCCGUUGUUGUGCAGAUCCCUGCCCAGCUGGUGUGGCAUCGAGCCCUUUGGCCUGGAAGGACCUAUGUGCUGACAGCGCUGCGAGUAUCCAAGAUCCGUAAUCACAGUCACCAUGUUUGGGUGACCAGUCCCUCCUCUCGUCUGUUGCCGCUGAAGCCAGAAUGUGUGCAAGAGCUCAAACUAGAGCUAGAUGAACCCCCUUCGGAGGCUAACCCCAUGCCUCUCAUGACCAGCAACUCCCAAGGCAGAAAGGAGCAAAAAGGUCUUGUCCGGAACUCCAGACUCUUAUCAUAUAUGGGAAUGGUCACUGGCGUGCUGAAUCAGCCUGCUGGCCUCUAUGAACUGGAUGGGCAGCUGGAACUCUGCCUCGCCUACCAGCAGUUCCAUACUCUCAGGCGGGUGAUGCGACCAGGAGUCUCUCUGGAGCUCCAAGAUGUUCACCUCCUCCAGUCAGUGGGUGGAGCGACAAGAAGGCCAGUGCUAGCCCCUUGCCUCCGAGGUGCUGUUCUGCUUCGGGGCUUCUCUCGUCAGAAGCCUGAGACUCAGGUUUCCCACCCAACCCAGGGGGCCUUCCUGUAUGAGCAGCUGGUAUGGGAACGUCAGUUAGGACUUCCCCUCUACCUGUGGGUUACCAAGGCCCUGGAGGAACUGGCCUGCAAGCUAUGUCCCCAUGUGCUGAGACACCACCAGUUACUGCGGCAUUCCUCUCCUGGGAGCCCCAGCCUGGGAUUACAGCUGUUGGCUCCUACUCUGAAUGUUCUGGCUCCACCAUGCAGCCCUAGUCGGAAUGCACACAGCGAGAUCCUUGAACAGCCCCAUAACUGUCCACUCCAGAAGUACACUCGGCUGCAGACUCCCUGCUCUUUCCCCAUGCUGGCCACCCUGAAAGAGGAAGGGCAGCGCAGGGCCUGGGCCUCCUUUGACCCUCAGGCCCUUCUCCCCAUCCCAGAGGCUUCUCACCUGACCAGUUGCCAGCUCAAUCAGCACCUAGCCUGGUCCUGGCUCUGUCUGCUGCCCUCUACCUUCCACCCAGCCCAGGUAUUAAUUGGAGUUCUGGUGGCUUCAUCUCGUAAAGGUUGUCUGCAACUUCGGGACCAAAGUGGUUCCCUCCCCUGCCUACUCCUGGCCAAGCACUCACAACCCUUCAGUGACCCCCGGCUCAUAGGCUGCCUGGUGCGGGCAGAGAGGUUCCAGUUAGUUGUAGAGAGGGAUGUCAGAAGCAACUUCCCUUCCUGGAAGGAGCUGGGCAUGACAAGCUUCAUCCAAAAGCAGCAGGCCAGAGUCUAUGUCCAGUUUUUUCUGGCUGAUGCCCUGAUCCUGCUGGUUCCUAGACCCGUCCUUCACUCAGCUACCUCCUCGGUGUCUCCGACAGAGCACCCCCUCCCAGAGGGUCCCCACGUAGGGCAGAGCCGGCUUUUCUUGCUGUCCCACAAGGAGGCACUGAUGAAGAGGAACUUUUGUGUCCCCUCAGGAGCCAAUCCAGAGGAGCCUAAGCCCACCCUCAGUUUCCACGUAUCAGGGAGUUGGCUUGGGGGCACCCAGAGGAAGGAGGGGACUGGGUGGGGCCCACCUGAGCCCAAGGGAGAUGAGAAUAAGGAUCAGAAGGUUCUCUUCAUCUUCCUUGGCUCCUCAGUCCGCUGGUUUGAGUUCUUGCACCCAGGGCAAGUGUACCGGCUCGUGGCUCCUGGCCCCUCCACUCCCCUGUUGUUUGAGGAUGGUGGUUCAUCCUGUAUAUCGCAGCGUCCUCUGGAAUUGGCUGGCUGCGCAUCCUGCCUCACUGUCCAGGAUGAGUGGACCCUGGAACUUGAGAACUCCCAAGACAUCCCAGAUGUGCUGGGUAUCAACAGGGCACUGCCUGAGUCCUCGCUGACUAACCUGCUCAGUGGCAAGUUCACCGAUUCCUUGGUGUCUUUCUCAGCUGAGAUUUUGUCACGGUCGCUCUGUGAGCCACUUCCAGCCCCUCUCUGGAUGAAACCUGGGAGCCCUGCUGUGCGAGGGUGUGUGAAGCUAACUGUAGCUCUGGAGACUGCUGACAGUGAAUUUCCCCCUCACUUGGACAUAUACAUUGAAGACCCACACUUACCUCCCCAGCUAGGACUCCUUCCAGGAGCCCGGGUCUACUUCAGCCAGCUAGAGAAAAAGGUUUCCAGAUCCCACAACGUUUACUGUUGUUUCCGGUCGUCCACUUAUGUGCAGGUCUUAAGUUUUCCCCCAGAGACCACAAUCAGCGUUCCCCUGCCCCACAUCUACCUGGCUGAACUUCUGCAGAGUGGCCAGGCCCCAUUCCAGGCCACUGCUUCUUGCCAUAUUGUUUCUGUCUUCAAUCUUCAGCUCCUCUGGGUGUGUGCUCACUGUACCAGCCUGUGCCCCCAGGGAAGGUGUACUCGUCAGGGCUCCACUUGCCCCACCCAGACAUGUGUAAGCCAGGCCAGCAUCAGGCUCCUGGUGGAGGAUGGGACUGCCGAAGCCGUGGUGACCUGUAAGAAUCAUCAUGUGGCAGCAGCACUAGGGCUAUGUCCUGGUGAAUGGACCUCCCUGCUGGAGUGUGUCCGAGGGCCAGGGAGAGUGGCCUUGCAGUUCACAGGGCCUGGAGCCCAACUCGAGUCCUCAGCCAAGAUUGAUGAGCCGUUGAACCACUUUCUCCGGACACUUUGUACCAGCCUCUCUGUUCUUCGCCCUAUUGUACUUUCUUUUGAGCUUGAAAGGAAAUCCUCCAAGAUCACCCCAUUAGAACCUCCUCGGCUACAGCGAUUCCAGUGUGGGGAACUCCCUCUCCUGACUCAUGUGAAUCCCAGGAUCCAACUGUCAUGCCUCUCUAUCCAGGAGCUCCAGCAGCUCAGCUCCCUGGGGACCUUUGCCUCUUCCUGCUAACCUGAGCUGCAACAAUGGCCUGAAAGUUCUCUCUGCCCCACUGAAAACCUUGAGGCCUGGUCCCAGCUACCAUGGCCCUGACCUUCUCUGUGAUUGCACCAGGACCCCAGAUCCCAAGAUUCACAGACUGCUACUCUACUGUAUUUCUCCUUCAUAGUCUGGUGCCAACCUGCCUUGGGGAAAUUGUCAAAACAGGCAAAUCAUAACACUGUUGAUAUUUCCUCUCCGGUUGGGGUCAAGGAAUUAGCACUGACAGGUGGCACCUGAAUUAUACCAGUGUGGCAGGGGCCAGAGAAAUAAAAGAUUGCCCCUUGUGGGGGUUCAUGUGACA